CAUGAAAUACGCAAACGAUUUGAGAUUUUUAGAGAGAGAAGGAGUAACUCUAUUGGGAAACGGAAACCGAUGCUCAUGAACCCCACCGAGUUAUUAUGACGAGAAUCAAUUCGUUCUGGGAGCAUAAGAGAAAGCGCAAAAUUGCAAAAUCUCUCUUUAUAACUUCUCCGCUCUUCUUGUGAUCAGCUUUUAAUUGUUGUUCAUGUCAACAGUUUCGAUGUUCUUCUCUCUUAGAUUCGAUCUCUGCUAAUUCUUUUCUGCAUUCACAAACCCAUCAUCUUUCUUGUGUUUUUUUCCCCAAUCUGGUCUGUUCGUUCGGCAACAAUGUCGUCUGGGUACCCAGGCGGUGGCGAUUUUUACAACUCUACCGGGAUCGGCGGUGGAUCGGCUGCGAUUAACAAUGGCCAAGUUCGGUAUAGAUCUCAACUUGGAGGAAUUCUUCGUGAUGUGUCUUCUCCGACGAUCUUUCCACGGAGAACUGAGAUGGUUGCGAAGCGACCGCUUCCAGAACUAGAUAUACAGUACCACCUGCAACAACUGCAACAGCAACAGCAACAGCAACAUCAACAUCAACAUCAACAACAGCAGUUGGGAGGAGGUGCGUUUCUAAGGUCCGUCAAACAGAGGAGUUACCACCAUGCGUCUCCCAUAUCUCCUCUUUCUCCGGGCGAUUUCUCCCCACCGGAUGCUCCUGCUGCGCCGUUCACUUUAUCAGGAAGGUACGGACUCCCCCUUGUGCAACAACUUCGGCCGCAGUCCAUUAACCCCAACCCCAACAUCAACCAUCACCAAAGUAACGUCCCUUCUUGUAACCCUUCUCUGUCUGGAUUAUCCUUGACUAAUUCUCUACUACCCAACAACAAUAACCGACCCGUGGCUUUAGAUUCGGAGCCUGAAUCAGAAAAAAAGAUGAGAAAUCGGCUUCAAGAGCUGGAGAAACAGCUUUUAGAUGAUGUCGAUGAAGACGAAGGAGAUGCCGCUUCGGUUAUUACUAACAGCAACAGUGAGUGGAGCGAAACCGGGAAUCUGAUCGGCACCCCCAACCAGAAUCAGAAUCAGAACCAGAACCAGAACCAGAACCAGAACCAAAAGCCUCUCUCGCCUUCCCCAACCUCAUCAUCGUCUUCGUCUUCUUCUUCUUCAGCUUCUGGUUCUUCGAAACAGUCUUUUCUUGACGUCGCUGCCGCCAUUUCCGAAGGAAAGAUUGAAGCAGCGGCGGCGACUCUUGCACGGCUAAAACAGGUCUCGAACGCCAGAGGAGAUCCGGAGCAGAGGCUAACGGCUUACAUGGUGUCUGCCCUCCAGUCCAGAGUCAACCCAUCUGAGAAUCCUCCGCCGGUGGCGGAGCUCGGCAGUAACGAGCACAUGAUUGCUACCCAAAUGUUGUAUGAAGCCUCCCCCUGUUUCAAACUAGGGUUCAUGGCGGCCAAUCUCGCCAUCCUUGAAGCCACAAGAGACCAGCCCAAUAAUGUCCACGUCGUGGACUUUGAUAUCGGACAGGGAAUCCAGUACAUGAGCCUCAUCCAUGCUCUUUCAGAGCGACAAUCCGGCAAACCCACCACCGUGAAGAUCACCACCAUCAUCGAACCUGGCAGCAAUCAAAACGAAGAAGGGUUACGAGUUGUGGGUGAUCGCCUGAAAAAGCUCGCUGACAAACUAGGCGUCAACCUAAAAUUCAAUGCCGUGAGUCGUAGAAUCACUGAUCUGGACAGGGACUCACUGGGUUGCGACGCCGACGAGGCACUGGCGGUGAAUUUCGCGUUCAAGCUCUACAGAAUGGCGGACGAGAGUGUAUCAACGGAGAACCCUCGAGACCAAUUGCUCAGAAUGGUGAAAGGGUUAUCCCCUCGGGUGGUGACGAUGGUAGAGCAAGAGAUGAAUACCAACACAGCACCGUUCGGAGCUCGAGUUGCAGAGGCCUGCGGUUACUACGGUGCCCUGUUUGACUCACUCGACUUGACGAUUUCACGAGACGGUGCAGAACGAGUCCGUGUAGAAGAGUGUUUGGGGAGGAAAGCGGCGAACACGGUGGCGUGUGAAGGAAGGGAACGAGUAGAGCGGUGCGAGGUUUUUGGCAAGUGGAGGGCUCGGAUGGGGAUGGCUGGAUUCGAGGCGAGACCACUGAGUCAACAGAUGGCCGACUCGUUACGUGCCAAACUCAUAUCGCUUACUCGGAACAACCCGAGUUUCACCAUAAAGCUAGAAGCCGGAGGGAUCUGUUUGGGAUGGAUGGGUCGAGUUCUCACCGUCACAUCUGCUUGGCGUUAAACGUAAAGUUGAAAACAAACAAACCCCUUUUUAGUUUUGUCUUCUUUUUAUUUAUUUAAUUUGACUAAACUGUUAAUUGGUUUCUUUUUAUUGUACUUGGUGUAAUAUUAUAUUAUGAUUAUUACCCCUAUAUGGAGAGGGGGUUUCCACUUUCCUGCAUUGGCAGUCAAGAAACCUUACCUAUACUAUCAUCUUUGUUAGCCACGUGGCAAUUUCAUAUAUAUAUUUGAUCAGGGGAUGGUUAUAUGA